AUGGAGGCCCCUCGAGCCUUUACCACGUCUACGCACUACUCCCACGAACACGAACAGUCACAUUUACGGCACCGAGAACCUCCGAAAGGCACGUUUGGCCACCGUCGCAAGCACAGUCCGAAUCUCGAAUGGCGGCAACCAUGGACAAAGGAGAGCUGGUCACAGGGCCGCGUGCUGCUCAUCGAUUAUGUCGCAAAGGAACACUCAGCGGAGGGCAGGCGGAAGAUUGUGGCUCAGGAGUUCUCCGACAUCGACAGUCUGCGCCGGUUCUAUCGCAAAGAAGACCUCUCGGCGCAAGCUGCAUUGCGCGUGAUCCACGUCCAAAACGCCAGCUGGGCGACACGCUACCUCCUCCGCAAGUUUAACAUCGACGCCACAGACGAUCUGGUAGGCACAAACUUCGGUCGCUGGGCCAGCUACGAAAAGCCUCAACAACGCGGCGGCAAACCUGUCCUCAAUGGUCGUACAUUCCGUGCUCAACGCGAUCCCUGGCGCGGCAUCUCGCGCGCAGCCUUCGGAGCCGAUUAUCUCAAAUCCUACGACAGGAAUACACACAUUCCUCGGCCGAAUAACAACAAGUCCAUCAUGGAGCUCAAUCACUACGACGAGACGGAUCAGCCACGAUAUGGACACGACGUAUAUGUGCAGCGCUUGAGCUGUUACGUUCAACUCAGCGACGGAACCCCAGGGCAAGCCGUCGAUCCGGACAUACCGAACCCAUACGACGAGGAAGCGUGGGAGGAGUACAUGCGGUUGAAGAAGAGUUACGGCAACGUAGAUGCGAAUGAGCACCAGGAACGUUACAUCCCCAAGCUCCGGUCCCUCGACAACGGAAACACAAUCAUCCUGUUUGAGAACUCGGUCACAGGCUCCGUCAAAGAUACCCUUAUCGGCGCGCGACAAGAACUCGAGUCUCGUUGGAGACGACUGUCCUUCUACUUGCCCAUGGAGGAAAACGACGAGACUCUGACGGCGGAGUGCAUGGAUUUCAUAUUGCAGGACGUGUUUAAAGCGUUGAGCUACAAUUGGCAGAAAUUCCUGGCUGUUUGCGAGACACAUGUUGGGAUUCUGGAAGAUAAGAUCUACGAGAACCCCGCCGACGAAUCCCGCGCCCCCGAACUCUGGAAAAACAGCGCGCAAUGGCUCAAGGUCGAACGCCUCAUAUACAUCCACGUCGACGUAAUCAAGGAAAUGGUCACGCAUCUCCACGACCUAGCAGGAGCCGAUCCAAAGGAAUCUUCAGACCAGCCCUGGCUAGGGUCCGUACCAGACGAACUCGACAAGCUGACCGGGCAGUGGGAAAGAGAUGUCAUCCUCCCCACGACCGCUCUAUCAGAUCUCAUGUACAAGAGUGUAGGUAUUAGGGAUGCACGACACUCUUUACAACUCGGCUUGAUCGGUUUCUUCGGCAUGAACGUCUCCACCUUCUCCGAAAACCCACCCCUAAAAUGGUGGUUCAUAGUCUCCAUCCCCGUCCUCGUCAUCGUCCUCAUCCUCUGGUACGGCGUAAAACACAAUCUCGCAACGCAGCGUCAGAACCCCAUGCGCAGAGCCCAGCCUGUGGAGUCGCAGUGGGCCGCGCGAUGA